AUGAGGUUAAUAUGCAUGUGGUGUGCGGUGAUGGCGGCGGCGCGCGCGCAGGACGACUUCUACACGCCACAGACCUUUAAACAACAUGUGAGGGGAGCGCUCUUCCAGCCCAUGCACCAGCCAUGGAACAUGCCGAAGGAAAUGGACAGAUUGGAGUCGUACCAAAAGGGCAUGUUCACGCCGGCCCUGCGUAACGACGUGGAUCCCCAGGCGAGUCAGAACUGGAGACCAGCCGUGAACGAGCGAGACUGGCGAGGUUCCCCAAGCCCGCUCGCCCCCGCAGCGCCCCUGCAGCCGAUCCUCCAACCAGAGCCUUGGAGGCCCGCCUUCAGCCCCCAACUCACUAAGGAACAGCAAGCCGCCAUCCUCCAUCACAAGCAGGCUCUUACAUCAGAUGGCGCGUUCCGUUUCGAGUACGCUUCCGACAACGGCCUGGCCGCUGGCGAGCAGAUCGAACCCGACGGCACCCGAGUGGGAGCCUACCAGUACAAGGACCCGAGCGGGCAAUUAGUCAAGCUGAAGUACCGAGCUGGGAAGGAAGGUUUCCAGAUCCUCGAAGGCAGCCAUCUCCCGAAGAGCCCAGAACCAGUAGCACCGCCUACUUCUGACCAGCAUUACCAGCAGGCGUACCAGCAGCAACGGCAGCAAUACGACCUGCAGCAGCAGUACAACCAGCAGCGGAUAGAACCCCAGCAGCAACAGAAUACAAACUGGCAGCAGAAUAAUGGUGGCGAGGGCGGUCAACAGAGGGCGACGGCGUCGCAAUACUAUCCUCAGAGUUGGAGGGCGCAGGGCCAAGAAGAUGACGGACAGUAUCGUCCGCAAGAGAACGAAGUGCAAAGCGGGCCUCACAACUUCGGCGAAGGAUUUGCCUUCUCCUUCCAGGGUUAA